AUGUACACACCAUUGACGUCGGAGGCCGUGAUAACAAGGAAAGAGUUCGACCUGAUGAAGAACAGGUUCGACGAGCAAGUUGAAGCACUCAAGGGGAAGUGUGAAAAGAAAGAGAACUCAUUUGAUGAUGGUGAGAUGGGUGAAUCACCGUUCACCACGGACAUCUUGAAGGCCCCAAUCUCUCUGAAGUUCAAAACGCUCGCAAGUGUCGAGCAUUCCAGAUUGCUCUCACAAGAAGUGCUCGGCUCUGGUAUAGAAGGUUGCCAGAAGACAGCCACUCAUCUCACUACUAUUCGACAAAAAGAAGGCGAGACUCUAAGGGAGUACGUGAUUCACUUCGAGGAGGAGCAUCUCAAAGUAGCACAUUGCUCUGACGACUCGGCUAUAUGCUACUUCCUCACUGGCAUGGCCGACGAGACUUUAAUAGUCAAGUUGGGCAAAGAAGCGCCAUCAACCUUUGCUGAGGUCUUACAAAAGGCCAAGACAGUUAUAGAUGGGCAGGAGCUACUCAGUACCAAGCUAGGCCGUACAGACAAGAGAUUCGAUCAGAAGAGGUCAGGAAACCAAGAGAAAGGGAAGUCUGAUUCCAAGUACUCCACAACCACCAUUCCGAUCUCCGAGAUUCUCACUAAUAUUAAGGAGAACGGAUUGGAAAAGCUUCUCAAGCAACCUGAUAAGCUUAAAGGAGACCCCAAAAAACGCAACAAGGACAGGUAUUACAGUUUCCAUCGCGAUCACGGGAAUGAUACUUCGAGUUAUUGGGAACUGAAGCGUCAGAUUGAAAACUUAAUUCUAGAUGGCUACUUCAAAAAAUACGUUGACAAGCCAGGCUUGAGCUCGACAGAAAAGAAAGAAGAAAGGAAGCGUUCAAGGAUGCCACCUCGAAGAGAUGACCGACCUGCAGUCAUUAACACCAUCUUCGGAGGCCCGAGUGGGGGCAAGUUCGAAAACAAAAGGAAGAAGCUAGCCAAGAAAGCCUGGCGUGAAGUCUGCACCAUCCAGGAGCAGAGGCCGACCUGCCCUAUCUCCUUCUCCGACUAUGACUUGGAGGGGGUCUACUUACCCCAAAAUGAUGCCUUGGUGAUCUCGCCGCUGAUUGACCAUGUCCAAGUUAGGAGAGUGUUGGUGAAUGGGGGUGCUUCGGCUAACAUCCUAUCUGUCACCACUUACCUAGCGUUACUUCUGAAGGUUGCAUCGACCUUUGCAUCACCAUCGGCCAAGGUGACACUCAAGUCACGCAGAUGGUCGAGUUUGUGGUGA